AUGUCCUCGGUCACACCACUGGGAGGCAGGCUCUCCCGCAUCUUCUCGCCUCGAGCAUACAUCACCGCAUCUGCCUGCAUCAGCGCCUUGGGCGUGUUAGUAACGGCCUUCGCACCAACAUUAGCCGUCUUCCUGAUAGGCCGGGGUAUUACGGGGGUUGGAGCAGCAGGCGUAUUGAGCGUAGUCAUCAUACUAGUGCUCGAGCUGGCGAGUGAGAAGAGAAGGGGCUUGUUCAUUGGACUGAUAAAUUCCGGUAUGACCAUCGGCGUGAGUCUCGGUGCGGUCAUUGCAGGGGCUAUGGCGCCGAAACUGGGCUGGAGAAUUGUCUUUUGGGUCCAAGUGCCUAUUCUUCUCCUUGCUGGCUUCGGUGUCUUCGCUGCACUGCCGUCAGCAAGGAAAGAUGCCGGGCAUCCGGAUAAGCCACCCAGACAGUCCAUUGCUGGUCAGCUCCGCAGGAUUGACUACCUUGGUGCCGUACUGCUGGUAUCUUUUGUAGUUCUCUUCCUCUACGCCUUGUCAGCUCACGUCAUCCAUCCGCUUUACAUUGUCGUCUCUCUUAUACUUCUUGCUCUGUUCGUCCUAGUUGAGAGCAAGUACGCCACAGAGCCCUUUAUCCCAGUCACCGUCCUCAAAUCCCGCGGCACGUUGCUCAGCUGCUUGGCGACUCUAGGCAUGAUGGCCGCCCGCUGGUCCGUCCUUUUCUACACGCCUGUCUACGCCAUUGCUGUGCGAGGCUGGAAGCCCGCGGAGGCAGGCCUGAUACUUCUCCCCACAAACGCUGGGUUUGCGCUGGGUGGGUUGCUCGCUGGCCUUUUCCAUAUCCGACGCGCCGGGAGCUUCUACAUUUCGUGCAUCGUAACUUUCGCAUUCUUCGCCGCUUCGCUCUCUCUCCUCUCGCAAAUCUCUACGCCUUCCUCAUCUGCAACAGCUUACGUGAUUGCAACCUUUCUGAACGGCCUUGUCACGGGCGCAUCUCUGAAUUACACCCUGGCUCAUUUACUGCAUCUUGCGCCGAAGAGCCUUCAUAUCAUCGUCACGCCUCUGCUCGCCAUGUUCCGCGGCUUUGCCGGCUCUUUCGGUUCAGCUAUCGGUGGCGGCAUCUUCGCGCGCUCGCUGAAGUCUACGCUGGAAAGAGGGUUUGCGGAAAAUGGGCUGCUGAAUAGAGACAGCCUAAUAAGGACGUUGAUGGGUAGUCCGGUCACCGUGCAGGGGCUGAUGGGAGUGGAGAAGGAAGUGGCAGUUCAUGGAUACGUCGUUGCCAUCAGAGCGCUGUUCGUUGCUGGCGCCAUGUUGGCUUUAGUUGCCGGUGUUGUGCAGGCGGGUACAGGCUGGAAGGGGCAUGAGGACUUACCAGAAGAGGAGGAGAGAGUGAGGAGGGAGGAAGAAAGAGCCGGAGGUGCAGAGUGGGAAGCCGCAUGA